UUGAGAUUUUAAGCUCUCGUUGCCAACAAGAUGGCGGAAGGCGUCUAGUAACUAGACAAGGAAAGCUUGGUAUCAAAGCAGAGAUAUUUUUCAAUCGAUAGAGGCCUUGCUUGUGUACUUGCUUGAUGAUAUACAUUUAUCGGAGUACAGAGUAACUGAGCAUGGAGUACACGGCCAAUGCAAAGAUGAUGUUGGGUUACAUCGAUGAUGAUGACGAUGAAAUACUCGAUUACGAUGGAAACUUGGACCUCAGUACAGACAAUGAAGAUGAGGAUGAAGCUGAAUCCAUGCAAGAGUAUGCUCAGCAUUACCCUGAGACCCCGGAGGAGAAGAUCAACUGGCAGGAGCAGAUCCGCAUGAUCCACCUGAGGAGUCACCUCAACCAGCUGCUUGAGAAGGUCAAACAUGCUCAGUACGUCACCGACAAGUCCAGGGAAGAGCUGAAGAAGUGCCGAGAUCAAAUCCAGAAUUAUGAGGCUGAGAGGAACUCUCUUUUCAGGGAGAUUCAAACAAAAGAAUCUGAUGGCAACCAGUCGGCAGUUCACCGGGUGCGGGCGGCCCACGAGAGAAUCUGCAAGGAGCUUCAGGAGGAACAACAGUUGGAGCGGAUGAUCAUGGACCGCCUGGACCAAGCCGAGUACGACCUGGCGGUUGCGGAGGUGGAGCGUGGGAAAUUUAUCUUGGCAGAGGACGACCUGCUUCAGCGAGAGCACCAGCUGAGCAAGGAGAAAACCGACAUGGCCAUGGUGCGGCUGCACAAAGAGGAGCAGCUUGCCAGGCAGGCCCUUGUCACUCGACGGAAAGACCAGAAAACCCAUCAUGACGCUGUGAUGGACGCCCAGAGACGUCACUUCCAGGCGGUCGAGGACGCGGAGAAAAGCCACGAGAGAGCAAACAAGUAUCUGCAGAAAACUCUCAACAAACUGAACCAGAGGCAAAAGGAGGAAGAGGAAAGAUACAAGACAGACAUGACCUCGAAGAUGGACAUGCUGCUGAAACUGAGGAAUGACAUCGCUCAUAACAGGGAAAAUCUACGAGCCAUCAGAGCGAGAGACAAGGCGGCGGAAAGGAAAGAAAAGUCAGCGGAACAAGAAGAAAGGGAGAGGAUUUCUGCAAAGGGAGGAAACCCUGAAGAAAUUUUGCUUGUAAAGAAAAGACGAAAUGAAGUGGAGAAACAGAAGCAGCAGUUUGAAACGGAUCAAAAGGUGAAGAAAGCCAGCAUCAUGCAGAAGAUCUUGAUGGAGGAGGAGAACUUGAAGAAACGCAAGAAGCAGCAACCAUAUUUGUGGGACUGCCCAGACCGAGAGAAGUCAUUGAGGGUAUCGGCUCACACUCAGAAGCCGCUGAACGCUCUGGAAAACUAUCUGAAGGCCACGGCAGACGAGGUGGCAGAGGUGGAGGAGACGGUGAUGGACAACAAGGAGAAAGAAAUUCUGGAGAGGCUGGACCAGGCAGAGGAGGAGAAGGCUCUGGCUCAGGGAGGAGAGGAGGGCGAGGAGGGGGACGUUGCUCCCGUGGAGAUCUCACUGCCUCCCGCUGACGAGGACUCCGACAGCUCUUUGGAUGAUGAAACAGAAGAGAAUGUGGUAGACUUGGCGGCGCCAGAGUUUGAAGGCCUGUGGGACCGUGAGACAAAGCCGUACCGUGUGCCCAAGGACAAUGACAUCAUGGCAAACAAACCUUUCGGGGGCAGCAAGAUGGACAAGGAAAUCUUGCAGAAGACCCUGGAGAGAACCCGUGAGGGCAUCGUGGUCACUCAGGUGGCGGCCGGCCGUGAGUUCUCCGGGUGUCCCUUCUACAGUAAACCCGAUGUCAUACACUUCAAGGAUUUCGUGGUAGGAAAGACAUACAAGAAGCGAGUGACCUUGACCAAUGUCUCGUACACAGUGAACUACAUCAAGUUCUUGGACAUCACAGAGAGGCUCAAAGACUUCAUCAAGAUACAUUUUGACCCACCUGGUCAAAUGUCUGCGGGGUUGACCUGUGAAAUGACCGUCACAUUCAAACCUAUGAUCAACGAAGAUCUGAAGGGAGAGGUCAGUUUCCUCACACAGACAGGACCCUUCAACAUCCCGCUGGUGUGCAGCACAAAGAAGUGUGAUCUCACUUUGGAUACCGGCUCCGUUGACUUUGGCACGACCGUCAUUGGGGAGACCUUGAAAAGGACUUUCACCCUCACCAACCGAGGGGCCUUGGGCACCAAGUUUGACUUCUUCAAGGUCACCGGAAUGAAACAAAGGACUUUGACCACGGCUGGCACUUCACUUGGACGAAUGGAGGAAAGUCAAACCAAGAAUCGGGUCUCUGAAAUUGAGAGAGCCUCUCUCAAGGAAUCUGCAAGGUCUAGUGUUCAGCGACAAGCAGCAAAUGGGCAAGAAAAUGAGCCGGAAAAUGACUCGGCUUUGGAAAAUGUUGAAAUGGGAGCCAGACUUGAGGAAAAUGUCAAACAGAAAUCCAUAACCAGUCUUCGGACCACAGACUCGAUGCGCACGGUGAGCCCGGAGGACUCCAUGGCCGUGCCGGAGAAACCCAAACAGGCAGGAAGUAACCUGGCUGUGGACUGCAGGAAAAAGUCGGAAGAAGCCCUGGACAAAAUCCCGGAGGCAGGGGAGGUAAGCGUACCGCCAGAACCUGUGCCGGAAGACGCCGAGGCCGGCGAGGAAAAUGCGGCUGACUCGGCGCCCGAGGGCAGUGAGCAGAAACAGGAGAGAGAGUCGGACGAAGCAACUUCCCCGGAUCUAGCGGUCAGCGAGAUGGACGACUACGGGUCACUUGACGGGAUGCGGGUUGGUCCACUCAUCACCGGGGAGAUUGGACCUUUCUCUUCUCUCAGACUGGAGAUUAUCUGGCAGCCGACAAUCCCUGGGAAAGUGGAUUCGGAGUUUCUGGUGACCUUCACUGACCCCCUGAGUGAACCGCUGUCCAUCCAUGCUCUGGCUAAUGCCAUUGACGUUCCCGUGUGGGUCGAGCGACAGACGGUGGACCUGAAGAUCUGUAUGUUUGACCGUCUGUACCAGGACACCAUUAUCGUCAACAACAGAGCGACCACCGCGUUGCGUCUCAAGUUUGAAGUGUGUAAAGAGCUGCGGAACCAUCUGGAACUUCUGCCUCGCACAGGCUACAUCCAGGCACAGUCUCAGUUCUCUGCUCAGCUCAAGUUCCUGCCCAGAAAGAGUCUGUUUGAAGAAGCAGCCAAGUACUUUGACAAAGAGACGGGAGUUCUUGAAGCUCCAAUGACCAUCAGAGUCGCUGAUCAGACGACGCCGGUAAACUUCACAGUGCAGGCCGUACUGACCACAUCAGAUCUGGAGUUUGACGUCUCGGACAUCGACUUUGGCCACUGCACCAUCCACGAAUCGGUCAAGAAGACCAUCAAACUGACCAACUUGUCCAUCUUACCACAGCAGUUUGGUUUUGUUGGUUUGCCAGAGUACAUUGAAGUGCAGCCCAAUGAUGGUUUUGGAACUCUUCUUCCUUUGGAGACCUUAGAGCUGGAUGUUAUUUUUAGCCCGCGAAAAACCCGUGACUACAAGCUAGAGCUUGUUUGUCGCUCUCUGAUCAACAGAGACUUCAAGAUCCAGGUGUGUGGAGUGGGAGUGUUGACCCCCCUGGAACUGUCCCACCAGGUGAUCCACUUCGCAGCUACCCCCCUCUAUGACGUCAGCAGCGUGGCCUUCCAUGUGGUCAACAGUCACACCAGCAGCAAUGAGUUCACUCACCCCGUGCCGCGCAUUGGGAAAGGAGAAAUCUGUCCUGUGGGCCCGACGUCGUUUGAGUUUAUGGUCCCCAACGACGUUCCCUUCACGGUCUCUCCCAGAGUGGGCACUGUCAUGCCAGGGGAGAAAUGUCGGAUCCAGGUGCGCUUUUCCCCGACACUGAGCGACUACGACGUGAGACAAGAAGCAUUACGCAUCCACACCAAACUGGAGGCGGCCAGGGAGGAGAAGGAGAGGGAAGAGGCGGCACUCAGGGAGAAGAUGGAGAAGGAGAACAAAGAGAGAGAGCUGGCGGAAGCCCAGGCAAAGAAGAAAUCAAAGAAAGGAAAUAAAAGCAGGAAUAACGUGUGGGGAAAUGAUGAAAGUGAUGAAGAGAACGAAGACGAUGGUGGAUAUGAUUGUGGUGCUGAUAAAAAUAUGAACUCUGUGAAAGGAAAGAGGAGCACUCAGUGGGGGCAUGGGCUUCAUGCAGACGAAAAGAAAGAAAAUGUUGAAGAUCGUAAAAGAUUCUCAGGCAGUGAGAAGAAAUCUGUGGCAAGAAAGGCUUCCAACAAUGGUCUUGGUGUGAGUACAACUUUGUGUGGUGUGAGCAGCCGUGCACUGAGGUCCUGUGAAGUCACGCCCGCUGUGGAAAUCCAAUAUUGUGAACCAUGUGAGAUGGAGAAAGAGCGACAUGGGAGGUACCGAGCAUACAUGAGGAAGAAAAUAAACAAACGUAGAAACUCACACCCCAAUGGGAAGACAAGACGUUCCAAAGCCAGCAAUGAAGGAGAAGAAGCAGAAGAGAGGAGACAUUUCCCUUGUGGUGUGAACAAAAAUGAUUUUUCUGGAAGGAGCAGGAAUUCUGGGAGUUUGGCAAAGUCUGGGUGGAAAAGUGCAUCCUGCAGAAGUGGUCGCACAAGCUUCUUUGAGAUUUGCCUGCAAGAAGAACCAGGCGCUGUUGAUGCGAACUACAAUAAAGAAGAAACGACGGAGGACAAAGAUGGCGGUUCCAAUGUUGACGGCACGGAAACUCUUCCUGAGUCUGUGCCAGCCUCCCAGGGAGAUCUUGUUACUGGACAGGAGGAUGGCCUUGACCAAGAGGACUUUCGGGAGGGGGGAGAGGAGGAUGAGGAUGAGGAUGCUACUGCCGGCAAGGGCAAAGGCAAGGGCAAGGACACUCCCAAGGCCGCCGGUGCUCAGGCCAAGGCCAGCAAACAGUCGGCAAACGCGCCUUCAUCCACAGGCUCUGCCAUGACACAGAGCAACACGCCGAGGUUUGACCCCGACACGCUCAGCAGAGAUGUCCACAACACGCUGUAUCUGGACGUCCACUGCCCAGCCAUCAAACCUCCAGUUGUGGUCAUCUCUGAUGGUGGGAAACGAACCGUGGACUUUGGCGAUGUGUCCAUUGGUCAAACGUGCCCUCGAUCUGUCACCAUCCAGAAUAUUUCUGACAAGGAUGUGGAGCUGAGUGCGACCACCACCAACCCCCACGGGCCGUUCCUGAUGCUCAAUGCGCUGAGAGCUCUGUCUCCCGGCGCUACUCACACAGUGCUGCUCACCUUCGCUCCUGCUCAGGGACAGAUAUUUCAAGAAGAGCUUGGCAUUAUCACCUUGAACUCGACCUUGCACUUGACCCUCAGAGGUCGCGGAGUCAGUCCCCUGGUGAACUUGAGCAUUGAGGACGAGUUGUUUGACAUGAACGCCGUGCUGGUCAGCGAAUACGUGGAGAAGAUCUUCAAGAUCCAGAACACGUCCACUCUGGCCAUCGACUACGUCAUCAAACAGGACAGUUUAUCUCCCCUGAGACAUCAGAAGCAGCAGGAGAUACCGGCCUACGUCACUCACUCACAGGUCGUCAAGAACUUUGUGGGCACGCAAAACGACAAUGGCAAAAACGUCUUCGACAUCAUUCCCACCACCGGGACCAUACAAGCAGGAGAGACCAAGGAGAUCACAGUGACCUUUGCCCCCGACCAUGAAAGUGACCUCUACUCAGACGGAGUUCGGAUUGAGUUGUUUGAUCAGACAUGUGUUCACCAGGGUCAGGAGGAGAGCCACUUCUUCCGGGUGAUAGGUCAAGCCAAAGCUCGGGUGAUGUUCCUGGAUGGCGGUGAACUCUUGACCCCUGGCCAGGAGUCUCUGGCACAGGAAGUGGUACCUGCAGACGACGAUGAUCCUGUCCCUGUGAGUGUGAAAGAAAGUGAGACAACUCCGCAGAAGAAAAAUUCUCAAGGGAAAGGCGUGCUGGCCAUGUCCCCCCCGGCCCUGGUCACCAUCAACAGCGUGAUGGCCAACGACACAUUCCAGCCGGCCGUGCGGGAGAUCUACGCCGGCUGUGUCAGGACCAUGGCCGUGAGCCAGAAGAAGCCCGGAAAAACGAACGGUGAAUUUGUGGUAGAGGGUAUUCAAACUCUUCUUCAAAAAGGUUUUACAGUGGAGCCUCAGAGGGGAAUGGUGGAAGCAGGAACCAAGAAACCCAUUGUGUUUACAUGGACACCCCCACAAGGAUUUGAUCCGAGCAACACAAUAGAAGAGACGGCCAUCUUGACGCUGCGAUGUGACGUCACCGAGCAGAUUCCGCUGAUGAUUCGAGCCAUGGUCGUCUCCGAAUGAGAGAGGAAGGCGGCUGCGCAGGGGAGAGAAGCCUGAAGGAGACAAGCAAGCAUCGUGAUCUGGCAGGAAGUUGUCGGGACGGUUCAAGGCGUACAACACAUAAACUUCCCUCACAAUAUUACAUGAUGGAUGUCACACCUUGUCCUCUCAGCUUCCAGAACUUUCCGAUUACUAUUGUGAUAUAUUUUUUUCUUUUCUAAUCUUCAGAAUUUUCACACCCAUGUUAGUAAGCAACAUCCAGCGUAAUCCAAGACAUUUCACGUUCAGAAUCUUGAAUAGACUAUUUCUGUUCAAACAUAACAGAAAAAGACUUUCACUUCAGAGACUAGUAGGAGCAGUUUGAGCUCGAGGCAAAAUAGAAGGUUUUACUAGGACACUAAGCCUACUUUCUACUUUUCAUCCAAAAAAAAAA